AUGUAUCGAUCAGCUGCGGCUCUCUCCUUGGCCUCGGCCGUCCUCGGACAGCAGAUUGGCACCAACACUCCUGAGGUUCACCCAGCUCUGCCCAUCUCCACUUGCUCUGACUCCGGUUGCACCACGGAGUCGACCAAGGCUGUGCUUGAUGCCAACUGGCGAUGGGCUCACACAACUACCGGCUACACCAACUGCUACACCGGUAACAAGUGGGACGCAACUCUGUGCCCUGACGGAAAGACGUGCGCCCAAAACUGUGCCAUCGAUGGUGCAGACUAUGAGGCGACCUACGGAAUCACCACGCCCGAGAGCGGCGCCUUGAAGUUGUCAUUCGUCAAGGAGAACACCAACGGAAAGAACGUCGGCUCCCGUCUGUAUCUUCUCGAGUCCGACAGCGCGUACAAGAUGUUCAACUUGCUCAACAAGGAGUUCACCUUCGAUGUUGACGUGUCCAACCUGCCUUGCGGACUCAACGGAGCUGUCUACUUCGCACAGAUGGAUGCCGAUGGUGGCCUGUCCAAGUACUCGACCAACAAGGCUGGCGCCGCCUAUGGAACCGGCUACUGCGACGCGCAAUGCCCCCAGGACGUCAAGUUCAUCAACGGCGAAGCCAACAGCGUAGGAUGGAAUGGAACUGAUGAGAACUCGGGAACAGGACAGUACGGCUCAUGCUGCUCAGAAAUGGACAUCUGGGAGGCUAACCUUGUCUCAACCGCAUACACUCCCCACCCGUGCUCCGUGGACGGGCAGACUCGCUGCGAGAGCGAGGCGGACUGCGGCGCGGGCGACAGCCGCUACUCCGGUGUGUGUGACAAGGACGGCUGCGACUUCAACUCGUACCGCAUGGGCGACACGACCUUCUACGGCACCGGUCUGACCGUCGACACCUCCAAGCCCAUCACCGUCGUGACCCAGUUCAUCACCGACGACGGCACCGACGCCGGAACCCUCUCCGACAUCAAGCGCUUCUACGUCCAGGACGGCAAGACCAUCCCCAACUCUAUGUCCAGCAUUGCCGGCGUCGACGCCGCCAACUCCAUCACCGAUGGCUUCUGCGAGCAGCAGAAGACCGCCUUCGGUGACAACAACUACUUCAAGACCAAGGGAGGUCUCGCCAAGAUGGGCGAGGCUCUGAAGAGCAUGGUUCUGGUCCUGUCCAUCUGGGACGAUCAUGCGGUUUCCAUGAACUGGCUCGACAGCAGCUACCCCCCUGACAAGACCGGCCUGGGUGUUGCCCGCGGCACCUGCGACCCGGCGGCCGGUCUGCCCGAGACCGUGGAGUCUGCCCACCCCGACGCCAGCGUCGUGUACAGCAACAUCAAGUUCGGCUCGCUGAACUCCACCUUCACUGCUUAG